UUAGCAUUGGGAUGAUCCUGACAGGACUUUAUCAGCUCCUUCCAUCACAGGACGACACAGACCUGCUGUGGGCGCCACAUGGGACACUCUCCUCCAGGUAGGAUGGUCCCAGCCAGAGUAGCCUGGUUCUUCCAGGAGAUGACAGCUUUCCUGAUCCCUCUGCUUUUAAUGCUCACUGUGCACAAACCUUUCAGCACAGGGGGGUACCUGCUGCUCCGGACCUUUUGCAUGCACUACUUCCAGAGGACAUUUGUCUAUUCACCAGUGACCAGAGGAACACUGUCCCCACUGGGUGUGAUGAUGGUAGAAGUUAAAUUCUGCUCUCUAGAUGGUUUCCUGCAGGGACACUUCGUGCUGCACUGUGCCCAUUUUGAUGAUGGAUGGUCAGCUGACUAUCACUAUAAAACUGGGUUACUGCUGUUUCACACUGGAGUGGCUAUCAGCAUACACAGUGACUGUAUUCGACGCAACUUGAGGAAACCAGGGGAACAAGAAAAAUUCAAAGACUAUGCAAAGUUAGGAAAGGCUUUGAUUCUAUACAUAUUCUGAGA